AUGUCGUCUUCAGAGGACGAAGAUGUUCUUGCCUUAGUGCAUUUAAAUAAUAUUCAAAGAAGACGGUAUUGGGUACAUCCCUUAUGGAAAAAUAAAAACAAAAAAUAUGGCAGCUUUAAUGUAGUCAAAGAGCUAAAUCAGUAUCCAGAACGGUUUCAGUCUUUUUAUCGAAUUUCUAAAGACUGUUUUACUAGGCUACUGAACAUAAUAAAACCAAAAAUAACUAAAAAGAAUACAAACUGGAGAAAUUAUAUUUUGCCACGGGCUCAUCUUUUCAGUCGUUACAAUUUUAUUUUUUAAGAAGGCAUACAAAACUACGAAAAAUUGUUUAUCACGCAGCCAAGAUGUUAUGGAAAACUCUACAGCCAGAGUUUUUACCAAAACCGACUAGGGAAUGGGGAGAAUGGUUGGAUAUCGCUGAACGCUUUUAUAGUCUAUGGAAUUUACCUGAUUGUAUUGGGAGCAUUGAUAAAGGUUUUUGUUUCUAUAGUGCGGUUAGCUGUUGUCUACGCAGAUGGCUUAAUUAUUUCUGUAGAUGUGGGUGAAUAUGGCCGCAAUAGCGAUGGGCGUGCGUUAAAGGAAAGUAAAUUUGGAAGGUGUCUGAAUCGAGGAGAACUUAAUAUACCAGAUCCAACUCCUCUACCUGGUGAAGAUGUAAAUAUUGGUUUUCCCUACUACUUUGUAGGUGACGAAGCAUUUCCGCUCAGGAACGUUAUGAAACCGUUUGCCCGAAAUCAACUUACCAAUGAAAGAAGAAUGUAUAAUUACAGAAUUUCUAGGGGACGCAAAUCAGUGGAAUGCUGCUUUGGUAUGUUAAAUACUAAAUUUGGGAUAUUACAAACGAAAAGGAUUGAUAUAAUAAUCCCAGCAAUAUGUGCUUUACAUAAUUUUAUUCAUGUUCAUGGAAUUUUUCCCACACCUAAACAACCAAACAUUAUUCAGCACAUACCUGUUCAGGAUUUACAAAUACAGAGAAACACUCCACAAAAUUUAAGACAUCGGCUUUAUAACUAGUUUUGUAAUAUUUCUC